GGAAGGUGUAUUUUGAUCACAGACUUGUGUGUGAUGUGAUACACGUAUAAGAGUUACACAAGGUAAUAUAGACUAACAACUAUGGCUACAGCGCCAGAACGUUCUGCUACGAACGGGAUAGAAGAACUAUUGACGUGCUGCAUUUGUACAGAAACAUUGGAUGAACCGAAGACGCUUCCCUGCUUUCAUUCGUUCUGUAAGAAAUGUCUCGCGAGAUAUAUUGAAGUUGAACGAGAGAAAGCCAAAAAGAAAGACCAGCAUUCGUUCGACUGUCCUAUGUGCCGAACCAAGUUUGAACUCAAAGAAGGCGAUAGCGUUGAACGAAUUCCGCCAAAUUACUUCAUCAACGCCUUGUUAGAUAUUCUGCCGGUCAUACAACAACAAACACAGAAGCUACAUUGUGAAUCUUGCAAAGUAGCUGAAGCAUCAGUCACACACAGAUGUAUUGAAUGCGAACGUUAUCUCUGCAAGAACUGCUUGACAGCGCACAACAACUGGCCAGACUUCAAACAACAUGAUGUGAUGACGUUGGCAGAAUUAGCAAAACCUGAGAAUCAAGGCAAAGCAAGAGGAAAGCCACGUUGUAAGAAGGAAGGACACGGAAUUAAACCUCUCGUGUUUUAUUGCAAUACCUGCGAGGAGCUGGCUUGUAUAAACUGCGUUGUCUUAAACCAUUCCAAGGCUAACCACGACUAUCAACCUGUCGAUACAGUGGCUAAGCAGCACAAGAAAGCCUUGAAGACAACUUCCGCUGACUUACACAGGAAGUCUAACGAAGUUAAAGUAACCUUACGAAAAAUAGAUCAUGCUACUAAAAAUCUGCAAGCAAAAACCAAAAGGGCUAAAGAUAUGAUCCUGGAACAAGAAAAAGAAAUCUUGCAAGAGUUCACCAAGAAAGUUAAACACAACACAGCAGUCUUGCUUCAGGAAGUCGAAAGGAUACACAGCGGGGUGGAACAUAAACUUGUGAAACAACAUAACGAGAUUAAAGCCUAUUAUGAGAAGGUAAAUGGUUCGCUGGAUUUUGCAAAGAAUAUUAUCGAAAAAGCAAGUAGUGAAGAAGUCCUUUUGCUUGGUACAGAGAUCCAGGUUAACGCUAAAUGUAUCGAAACGCAUUGUCCAAAGAUUGCAGAGCCAAUUCACAAUGGCGUCAUUGAAUACCAGGCAAAAUCAACCCAAACUAUUGUUGGCAAUAUUAACCUGAACGACCCAGGAAUAGUAGUUGACCCAGUAGAAUCCUUAUGUGACAAAUCAACCAUCUUGGAAGGUAACAUUGAACAUGUGAAGCCACUUGUAGAGUGGAUGGAAGAUAAGAAGUUUGGUUGGCAACUUUGUUAUCGAGCUUCUCUUGACGGUUGGGGGGCAGAGGAUUUUCAUAGAAAUUGUGACGAUGUUGGACCUACAGUGACCUUGGUGAAAUGUGGAACCAACAUCUUUGGUGGUUUUACUGAUCAAAGUUGGAAAAAGGAAUCACCAUCAGUUUUGUGGGAGUAUAAAUGUUCCAACGCAUCAUUUCUGUUUUCCGUUCAAAACAAAGAGAAUAUGCGGCCAUUCAAGUGCCCGAUCAAGGAAGGCCGAAAUGACAAAGCAAUUAGGUGCCAUCCAUACUCUGGAGCAGUCUUUGGUGGUAGUGGUGAUGGCCGUGAUCUGUUCAUCAGUUCCAAUGCGAGCACUAACAAAUAUUCAAUGAGCAACCUUGGUGACACAUAUCAAGCUCCUCCAGGAUUUAAACCUGGAGUCCAACAAACCAAUGCUCUGUUGGCGGGCAGUUACGAAUUCACCCCAUCAGAAAUUGAAGUUUUCAGCAGUUAAACGAAGUUGCGCCAUGGAGAUAAGCUUGGUUUGAUGAACAUUUCAAUUUUAUGUUGGAACUAACAUGAAAAGUGUCCAAGUGUAACGACUGAUGCAAAAUGUGGGAUUCAUCAUAUUGGAUGGAGUCACCUUAGGCCAACUGUGCGAUGUAGAACUUAUAUUAUAAAUGAGAAGAUCAAACUUGUAUUGUAAAAUAACUGUUUAGUCCGACGAAUCUGAUUAUCUGAAUAUUGUAGGCAUAAAUUUCUUUAAGAAAUUAAGAAGUGUUAGUCAACCUAAAAUUAUGGUUAAUAAAUAAGCUUACACCGCCGCAAACGAUGUAACGAAAGACAAUCCUCGAGAAAUUUGGCUAAGAAAAAGACAUAUCUAAGGCCCUGUUCAUAUGAGCCGGGCUGGCCCGCUUUGCCGGGCUGACUCGCUAGAGGCGAGAUCCCGCUUCCUAAGUUGUUUCUAUAUGUUUUUGAAAUUUGAUUCACAUGGAAAGCGGGCCAGCCCGCUUUGGCGAGAUCUCGCUUGAGCGAGGCGAGAUCUCGGCAAAACGGGCUCAUAUGAACGCACUAGGCGGGCUAGCCCGGUAAACCGGGCUGAAAAUCGUCGAUCGCUUUCUCUACAAAUAUACCUUCAUAGCAUCAUUUCGCCAUUUUAUAUGUAUUUGCAAACCAAAAGAACACAAUACAUUUCAAAAAUUAACGAAAUAUAUCUGCCCAAAACCGCUGUAAUCAAUGCAAACAACAUUUUUCGAUUUGUGAAGCAUCAACAAAUGAUGUAACG